UUGAGCAAGCUAUAUGGAAAAACUGCUCAUCGCCAGCGGACGGUGGCCCGCUGUUCCCGGCUACGGGAACCCAUUCAAAUCCAACUGACAGCUUCGUCUCAUCACCAAUGUUUGGUUUUAGUAGUGUUUGUGUGUAGGUUGGACCAUUUGUGUUAAUGGUGAAAACCGCUGAUUCCUAAUGUAUUGAUUAGCUUUGUUCGAAAUUAAUUGCUUCAGCUUCGUAAAGUCGCAUACUAUUCGUUCAUAAAGAUGAGCAGCAAUAAUCCGCCUACAGCGCAGAUCAUUGAUUUCGAUAACUAUGACCCGUUUAGCGCAAAUGACAUGCUGCCCGGCGGGAUGUACGGUGCUAACAACGUAAACCCGUUCAACAUCACAGGCAACAACAACAACAAUAAUAACAACAACAGUAGUACGAACAGGACUUGGCUGAAUAACAAUACCCGUUACGCUGAUCCGCCCUUAACAACAACCACCGGACAGACGACCUUCUCGCCGACAGGCCUUGAUCGGCUACCCGGUCCCGAUGAUGGUGCACAACCAGAGAAAUCGGCUAGCAUCUUCUCCAUUAACUACUACCGGAUGUUCUUCAAUGUUCAAGGCGAUCAAGUGCUGCAAAGAGCCGCAGCCUCCCUCUAUUCACAGAAAGGACACUUGGAGCAGAAUAUUGGAGUCAGCCCUGAUCUGUACGGUCCAAUAUGGAUUGCUGUUACGCUAAUCGUUUCAUCAGCGAUCUCGCACGGUAUCGCACAGUUUAUCCAGAAUGCACCUCUUUGCGUGGCAGUAGAUACAGACAUGAGGCGGACGUCGUUCGUAGCAUCAGCGGUAUUCCUGUACACAUUCCUUCUGCCGUCUGCGCUUUGGGCCUUCCUCAAGUAUCAGGGCGUGGAACAGCGACAGCCAUUACCCAGCUAUAUGUGCCUCUACGGCUAUUCAAUGGCAAUCUUCAUACCUGUCUCCAUCAUCUGGGUAAUCCGAAUGCCAGUUGUCUCCUGGCCAGUUAUGCUCGGCGCUACAAUCAUCACCGGCUAUUCUCUCGUUUUAUCAUUGUGGCCUUCGCUUCAGGGUCUUUCAUCGGUUCAGGUGCGCUUCGCCGUCGCCAUCGUAGUGUUAGCAUUGCACCUAUCCCUGGCCAUCUCACUUGGAGCGUACGCGUUCGAACCAACAGUCAUCGCCGUCACUCAACCUCCUAAUCCAUCUACCUUAAACAACUCAAUGUCGAUUAAGUAGGCGCGUUACAAGCUGUUAGACUGUUCGGUGUCUUCUGAGUCUGAUAUGCCCGAACGCUUUGGUACCGAUGCCAUGAACAGGUCUAAUGCGCAGGUUAUAGGAAGAAGAUGAAGGUGGAUGGAUCUAAUACAGAGCGUAUGCGUAAGAGCAUGCUUCGUGGAAGCGGAAAAACGACCUACGGAUAGAUUAUAAGUGUACGUAUAAACUAUAACAGUUAGUAAAGUCAUUAUGCGUACAUUUAUGAACUGAUAUCUAAAAGUAGGGAAGCGAAGUAAACGUUAAAGCUGAAGGAAACAAGUGGAAAUGUAUGAGGUACGGGUUACAUAUAUAUAAGUUAAAGAUUAAAAAUAAUAAGAUUUAAAGAAAUACGGUAUGGACUGUUCCUGCAACAGACCAUCAUAAAGAUAUAAGUGACGCAUAUGACACUACUCGGUUGAACGACUGAAGUCACACUGAAUUCUUAAAAAAAUAAAAGUAUAUCAGGAACAUUAAAUAAAUUAGUGGAACACUAA